AUGCGCUAUGCGCAGCUCUCUGCCAUGCCAGCCACCGAGUCGCUUUGCAAGUUGGAGACGGUAUCCAAAAGCAUCGCCUCCUGCAUUGAGUGCCCUAUCUGCAUGGAGAUCAUGACAGAGGCUGCCAGUGGCUACUGUGGGCACUGCUUCUGCAUUGGUUGCUUUGGCUGCUCCUUGAGCUCUUCUUUCAGCUGCCCAACCUGUCGUGAGCCGGUGGUCGACCUGGUUCGGCAGUUUACCGUGGAGCAGAUCGCAGCACACAUCCCACUUCUGAAGGAUGCGGCGCUGCAAGUUGGUGUGGCCUCAGCACAGAAGGAGCUUGAGCUCGACUCAACCAGGCGUGGCCUGUCCGAGAUGGAGGUGUACAAAGAGAAGGCGUUGCGCCUGGAAUCCGAGCUCCACGAAGCAAGCCUCCGCUUCGCCCAGCUGCGGGAGCAAUGUGAGGCUGUGGCCGCGCUGCAGAAGCGAACCGAGGAGGAGGUGAAGGAGUUGCAGAAGCAGAAUCUCCAACUGCAUGAUGAGUUGCGGCACUUGCGCGAGGAGUCUGGCAAGUCUGAGGAGGCUCUGCACAGAGCGAAGCUGCUGGAGAAUGCUGUCGUCAACAUGAUGGAGCAGUUGCACAGCAUGCUGAAGGUAGUGGUCGGUCCUGGCUGGCAGGAGCUUUGCGAGCCAAUGUCACAAGAUGAGGCGUGGCAGAAGCUGGGCUUGCCAGCUUCAACCCCGACCUGCUCGAUCGAGUUCGUCGAGUUCGGAAUGGUCCGCGAAUACCUGCAUGUGGGCGAGGAGUGCAUGGGUAAUAUGUCGCUUGGAAUUUCGCAAGACAUGCGUUUCAAAUUGGAGUACUACGGCUCCAAUCAGCAUGUCUUCAACGAAAUCGAGAUUGAAGGCCGAGUGCGGCUAGAAGGCCGCCAGCUCACGUUCCUGGGAGUGCGCUCAGCUUCCGUCCGGCGGUACGAUGGUGAGGGUCUCGAUGCCCUCUCUGAUGAGCGUGUGGCGCUGCCGCCCUUGCAAGGUGUGCUGUGCAGUCGUGGCGAUAGCACCUG